AUGGGCGUACCGCUGCUCUUGACCUGGCUGCGGAAGCGCUUUGCUGACUGCUUCAUGCCAGCCGACAGCGCGGUCACCGACUACAUCCGCGAAAGUACCGACAACCUUUUUAUUGAUCUCAACUCCUUCUUGUAUCAGGCCGCCACCAUCAUUACGGCGACGCACCGCUCGCUCCGCUUCAACUCGGUUGAUGAGGUGGAGAAUGCAGUGCUGCGCAAGCUGUUUGAUCUCCUCGACGACCUCGUCAUGAACCUCGUCCAGCCCAAGGCGCUGGUGUACAUCGCGGUAGAUGGGGUAUCGCCACUGGGCAAGAUGUCGCAGCAGCGUGCGCGGCGGCGUCGUGGAGCGCGCCGGCAGCCGUCUGCCUCGCCGUCUUCGCCUUUCCACCAUCACGAGCCGGCGGGCAACAUCAACGACCUGUGGGACAGCAACUGCAUCAGCGUCGGGACGCGCUUCAUGGCCAAGGUGACGGAGGCGCUACACUUUUACGCCGUGAGCAGGACAGAACGGAUCAACGCAAAGCGACUUCGCGAAGAGCAAGUCCGCAUUGACAAGGCCGACGCAUCAGUGGACUCUGCCGCCAGCGACUCCGCCGGCGCGCCGUACGUGUUCCCCUUCAUCAGCAUCAUUGUCGACGAUGUCCUGCGCCCCGGCGAGGGCGAGAACAAGAUCGCCGAAUUUAUCCGCCGCAUCCGCGCUGAUCCGAGCUACGGCCCGAACACGUCGCACGUCAUCUGCAGCUCCGACACGGACGUCACCGUAACCAGCCUAAUCCUGCACGAGCCACGCAUCCAUGUCCUGCGCUACGAGCCGCCGGUCUCGCUGGGAGGUAAGCUGCCCAUGAAGCCUCAGCCACCGCCUCAGCAUCACCAUCAUCACCGCAGCCACCACCAGCACGUGCGUUUCUCCUCUCAUCCACAUCGCGGCAGUGGUCCUUCGUCGCACGGGCUCCGUCGGGUCGACGGACGAAACGGCCAUGCUCAUCACGGCGCCCCACGCCCUUCUCCGGGCCACGGUGCCAGCGCCGCUGCGCAACCACCGCCCCCGAAAGACAGCUGGCUCUCCACCUUCUUUAGCAUUCACGUCUUUCGGCAGCGGCUGCGUGAAAUCCUUCACUUGUCACCAGGCAGCGACGCCACUUCCGCCGUCGCGGGCGCCGCUGUGUCUCCGGUGGACGCCGAGGAGGCCGCCCUCAGCUUUGAGCACUCCCUGCACGAUGUUGUCUUUGUGUUGCUGCUCUUCGGCAACGACUUCCUGCCCACCAUUGGCGGAAGCAUCCAGGAGGGCACGUUGGACGCGCUGCUCUCGCUGCUGGCGACCGACUUUGUGCCGCGCGGGCGCACCUUGGUGGACCCGGCAACAAACCGCAUUCAGUAUGCGUCUGCCCGAUACCUGCUCAGUUGCCUGGCGGAGCUUCCAGGCAACGCAAAGAAGGGCGGAAGUGGAGGUCGUCUGCAGGUGCACAACGGCGGCUCCGACGCGCUGGACUGGGGCUUUACAGCCGAAAAAGAAGCGAAGGAGCGCGACCCCGCCUUUAUCGAGCGGCAGCAGCGGCGCGAGAAGCAGCAUGAGCGCAUGUGCUACUGCUACUGGACGAUGCUGCAGUGGGCACUGCAGUACAGCGCCGGCAUUGUGGAGCACUGGGGCUGCUACUACCCGUACGGCAGGGCGCCCCCCUUGUCAAAGCUUGCCACAUACUGCGGUGUGCUCACCUACAACGCACUCGGGGAGAUUGCGCGACGGCGAGUGGAGACGAGCACCGCCGCUGGGCGCGUCACGAGUAGCAUCGAUGGCGAGGUCGAAAACGCCACCGAGGAGGAAGACGAUGACGACGGCAUGGACGGGCUUCCGACGUUAGCGCUGCAGGCCGUGGAGGCUGGCACGGCGGUGGUCGAUGCUGCAGAGCGAGGCAAGCCGACGGAUGUGAUGGUGCAGCUGCUCAUCCUUAUCCCUCCGCGCAGUGUGGCGCUGCUGCCCACUGUCUUUCGGCAUAACUACAAGGAAGUCGAGGCGUCUGUGCAAGCACCCGUGGAGCAGCUGAACCUAGUGUCCAUCGGUGCCUGGUGCGAGGAGAAGAAGCGCUCGCUUAGCGAGGAAGAGCGGACGCGCUUCACGGCAUACCAGUUCUUCGCCUCUGACGCCGACCUCGGCACCGCCGCGGCCCCGUUUCCCGCGCGAGACAUCGCCUUUACCGCCUAUUGGAACGGCCCUGCCGUCGAGAUGGAGUUGGCAGCGCUUCGGGUGAGCAAGAAGGCAGCAACAAGUGCUGCCGCCGGCAUCACCUUCACGGCCGGCGCCACGUCAUCCACGUCGGCGGCGGGACUGCAGAGUAAGGCCGCCUCCUUUUUCAGCAUGGGUCGUCGGCCGACUUCCGGCACCUCAAGCAAUGGCGGCGCAGCAGCACUCUUGGCAGCAAUCAACAUCACUAACGCACGUGCCUCGCCGCCACCGGUGCCGGCCACGGCGGAGAUUGCGACUCCACUCGAAGAGACGCCUGUAAGCCCGUCGACUGAAGCAACUCCGGCACUGCAGCAGCAAAAUCAGCCCGUAAAGCUGCAGCACCCAGCAGGCGACUACGUACUCUGGGUAGCCCCAUGCGACGCUCUGCAAGACGCGCUGAUGAUCAAGGCGCUGGGUACGAUGCACGGGAACCGCUUCUGCGUGGGCAGCUACGUGCCGCUUGUGGAGCAAGACGCUGUACUCAGUCGCAGCGGUGGGCCACGGCAGGAGGUGCGGCUGCAGUUCCGCCUGGCUGUGGCCCCAAUGAUCACGGACACAACGUACGGGACGCGCCUGCUGUCGGGGUACGAGGAGCCGGCGGAGGUGGGCAUGCGCGAGCGGAUCGCGGAGGCGAGAAAAGAGGAGGCCGACCGGGCCGAUCCGUGGAAGCAGCUGGACGAGAUGCAGACGCGGCGACAGGAACGCAAGCGUGCCCGCGACGUCGGGAACGAACCCGCGUCUAGUGAAGGGGAGCUAGACGGCGACCUUGCUCUCGCUGCACCGCCGAGCGCCGGCGACGAUGGCCAGGUGCCUCAGGAGGUAGAGCCGCAGGAGCGGCGGCCGCCGCAACAGGUGACGGUUGACACUGUGGACUCUACAGUGCAGGUGACCGAUGGUGAAGCGCUUCUGAAACUUCGCAAGGAGGAAGCGCGGCGACGGUUAACUGCCUUGAAGGCUGCUCGACAGGCCGCGCAGCAGGAUAAGUGA